CUGAGUUAAUCACAAGGAAAAACAAAGCAAGAAUGAAGAGUUUACUGAUCCUCAUUGCUUUCUUCAUCAGCUCCAGCGUGGCUCUGAAUUGCCAGCAGGUGCCUGGGAGUCUGAAACAGAUUGAUGCUGGUCUGGGUAUGGUGGUUGGUGUAAACAACAAUAACAACAUCUACAUUCGUUUUGGCGGCACCUGGGUGCAAUUGCCAGGAGCUCUGAAGCAUGUCACAGUUGGCCCGGCUGGGCUAUGGGGAGUGAACAGUGCCAACCAAAUCUACAAAAUAGUGAAUGGAAAUUGGGUGCUUGUUCCAGGUUUGCUUAAGCAGAUUGAUGCAGGAGGUGAUCAGUUUGUUGCUGGUGCCAACAUGAAUAAUAAUGUCUACUGCAUGGGGAGGAAUGGUGCCAUGGGAAUUACAAGCAAUCAAUCACCUGCUCCAUGGGAACUACUGCCAGGAGCCCUCAAGUACUACUCUUGUGGCCCCAUUAGCUGCUGGGGUGUCAAUUCUGCCAACAGGAUUUAUAUAAUGAAAGGAGUGACACCUACUAUUUGCACUGGCACUGGACAGUGGCAGCCUAUCCAAGGCAUCUUGACAAUGAUUGAAGUGAGUGUUGAUGGCAGUGUAUAUGGGGUGAAUCCUCAAGGAAAUGUGUACCGCAGGGAUGGAAUAACUGACAUCAAUCCUGCAGGAACUGGCUGGACUCAGAUGGUGAUAAGUGGAGUAUGCCAGCAUGUGAGCUACGACCUUGGGCAGUUAUGGGUCAUCAAGAAUGGUGGUAGCAUCUGGACCUGUAGCUGAGACCUUUAAAAUGAUCAUUUGUCUUAAAUCACAUCUAGAAAUACUUCUUCUGAAAAACUGCUCUGUAAUCAUUGACUAGAUUUUUGGCGACCCAUUCUGUGUCUUAGUAGAUAUACUAUAAUCAUUUCUCUCUCACUGAUCUUUCGGAACUUCAACACUGACAAUUCUAGGCUGCUCAACUUUUCAACACCUGAUUACUGUACAAUGAUGAGGUCCCAUUAGUCCAGAUAAUCUGCGGUCUCAAUAACUCUGUAGAUCUGCACAGUGACCAGCAUUACAGUAAAUCAAAAUGACUCUAAAUUUCAAGAACUGUCUUUUUCUCUGUGUAUUUCCCUUGGGCAUAAACCCAUUCAUAGUGUACCUUAGUAAAAUAAAGCAUAUGAUUUAAAAGCA